AUGGUCAAUACAAAAAUUAUGAUUGGUCGAUUUUCAUUAACGUAUGAAAACGGACUUAAUUAUGAUUGGUCAAUUUUCUUAGCAAAAAAUAAAUAUAAGUCGAGCAUUUUGAGUUGUAGUUCAUCGUACAAAUUACUACAAUUUGUAAUGACUCUUUAUACUGAUUUCAUGCAUAGUCCACAUAUUGGAGUUAUGUCUAAACAAUCGCCAAAAUUAUUCAAACGAAAACAACAAUCUCAAAUCACAUUUAAUCAUAGUAAACAUCAUAAAGAUAAAUUAGAUGAUACUGAUUCAGGAUUUUUAAGUAGAGCUACAAGUAUUGAAAAAUUAUCAACUAAUAGUGUACAUGAUACAGAUUCUACAACAUUUUCUGUAGAAUCAUUUCAAUUAUCUGUUAAUCCUAAUGAUACGAACAAACAACAACAACAACAACAAUCCCAACGUCGAAGUUCAUCAGGACAAAAAUUAGCUAAAUUAUUAAAUGUAUUCACACCAUGUCGAAAUCGUAUUGCUCGACGGAGUCGAUCAUUUGGUGAUAUAAAUAAAACAUUAAAAUCUAAUCAUAAAUUUAAUUGGAAAUUUAACACUUGUUCAUCACAAUUAAAGGUUGUACCUACAGCUGCACCAUUGGUAACAUCACGUACCACCUUGUCCAUCGGCAGAAAACAUAACGAUAUAUUGAACGAAUCAAUAAUACAUGAUCAUAAUAACUGUAACAAUAAUAGUAAUUUGAGUAAUAAUAAUAAUAAUAACGAUAAUUCACCAUCUUCCUCUUUACUCUUCAAUCCGAAUUUUUCCUAUUCAACACAAUUGGAUCUUUUCACAGCGGAACCAAAUCAAGACCUGUAUGAAUUUCGUCGACGUUUUCCAUCGAAAUUUCUAGCAUUAGUAACAAAUUAUUUAGGCUUUUUAAUAUUCACUUCUGAUGAAUUAGAUCAAAUUCGUGAAAUUUUAAUUAAAGAUGCUAAACAAUCACAAAUGACAAUGUCAACUGCAUCGAUGACAUCAUCAACAGCCUCCUCCACCACCACCACAACAACAACAUCAGUUAAGACAGAUAUGACAGCUAGUAGUAAAUCCGAAGUCAAUAAUAACACAAGCGAGAGCAGUGGUAAAACACAAUAUACACCAAGAAAAAUGCUUAGUCGAUUACGUGAACAAAAACAAAAUGCUUCUAAAGAGAAUGAAAUUGAUCAUUGGUAUACAGUAGUCAAUACAAUUCUACGAUUUAUGCUUAGAAAUAAAAAUUAUAAACAUCGAUUUAUAUUUCGACGUCCUGGUAAUCAAUCCAAUGUAAAUGAUUUAGAAAAAAAUUUAUUUCAUCAACGUGGUUUCUCAUCAUCAUCAUCAUCAUCGACUUCAUCAUCAUCUACCAACAGUAUAAAUCCUAAUCAUACAUCAACAUCAUUUUUAACCACCAACUCAUCAAUGUUCCUACAAAAAUCCAAUUCUUCAAUACAACCCUAUGAAAAUCAUGAAUUCAUUGAUGAAUUGAAUGAUAUUGACAAAAUUCUUUGUCAACAUGAUCCAUCUGUAGUUGCUUGUUUAUUAGCUCGUAUUCUACGUAGACAAGGCAUUGGUUUAAUACCGAAUCCAUUACGUCGUUUAUUUAUUCAAUUAAUUAGUGGUGUCAAAGAAAAUGAAUUAAAUCAACGUCGUGCCAUACGAUUAUUAUUUCUUCUAUGUCCAAUACGUUUAACUCAACAAAUUAUUCAACCAUUAUUUGAAUUAAUGGCUACUGUUGCUAAUGAACCCGACUGUGAAGUAGAUGAAACUAGUUUAGCUGUAUUAUUUUCACCGAUUUUCUUUUUGGAUCGUUCAACUACUACACCAAUUGCAUUAGCUAAUCCAUUACCAAUACGUGUAUUAGAUUUGUGUGUACGAUUAGCACGUGAUGAAUUACGUGUGAAUUCUAGUGUAACAAAAUUAUUUCAUAUUCCUACAUUAUUUUUACAUGAUUGUACAAAAAAUUUAAUUUUACAUCAAACAUCAGACAGUCCUGCAUUGUGUUGUAGUCUUAAGUAUUGUGUUACUAUGACACCAAGUCCACGUUCACGAGGCAAAAAAUCCAAUGAAUCAUUGUUAACAACAUCGGAUACAUCAACAAUUAGUACAAAAUCAAAUAAUCCUAUAGUUAAUUUGACAGCUGCAUUCUUAGCUAAACGACCACGUGCUCAUUCUCCAAGUUCUGGUCAUUCUAAAGAUUGUGUCACUCCAUUAGUUAAAAAUGCAUUACACGGUCCAACACUUGAUUUCCGAGUACGUCGAACACCUACACAUACUGCUCUACGUAAUCAAGGCGUAGUAAACAUGAUUCGUUCUCCUGUAUCAGCAAUUUACAAUAAUAAUUCAACAGGAAAAACAUCGAAAUUGGAAAAACAAAUGAUAUAUUUGUAAAGAGACAAC